CGUCAGGACGACGAACAGCUGUGUUGUGAUGCUGUCUGCUAAUGUUGUGACGUUUAGGCUGAUUGACGUUUGCUCUUUUCUUUUAGAAAUGCUUUUCCUCUAAUAACCUACCGUUCAAGUUCGGAAUUGAAACAGAAAAGCUUUGCAAUACUGACAAACUCGACCGAAUCGAUCGAUUGUUUUUGGCUCUUUCGUGUGAUUUUUGAAAGGAGCAUGUUACGAUUCGUCGUUGAACCUGAGCUUCCCAGUUAAUCUUAAAUCUCUCUCUGGACCCCAAUCGAUUCAGUUUUCAAUUAAAAAGCCAGUUCGAACAUGGCAGGCUGGCUGGAUAUGCUUGCCCCCGGAGCGGGGGGUAUACUAAGAAAUAUCUUCAACCCUGAGUCUAACCCUAACAAAGUUUUGGAGGUGAAACAGGAUCGGUACAGCCACCGUCAAAUAAGAUGCAGAGAGGAUGCUAUCGUCUUGUACGAACUAACUGAUAAUAAGUAUGAAAUUGUUAUGAACAGACCGACAACCGAAUCAAUGAACAAGGCUUUCAGUUUAUUUCGUACUGAAAACUUAGUAACCGCUGAAAACAAAUUCAUCCAGCUCAAAGACAAAAUUCCAGUAAUUGUAGAUGUUGCUAAAGAGACAUGUUAUCCAGCUAUGCUCCAGAAAAUGUGUGAUUCACUUGAGUUUAAUCCAGGAUGGUCAGUUGCACAUUUGGCAGCACAUUUUGAUUUACACACCACUUUCAACUCUGAUGCUAUCUCCAAAUUUAUUGAUUCUUCAGACCCUAAUACUGGUCUUUCUCCUUUACUUGUCGCAAUUCAAUCACAAAACUUCCUCAGCGUUAGAGCCCUUAUCGGUAGAAAUGUUUCGCUAGAACAUUUAGACCAUGAUGCCAAUUCAGUGUUUCACUAUGCUGCCAGUACUAACAAGGAUAUUAUAAAUCUCUUGACCAUUAAAGACCGACUCAAGUGCUUAAACUAUCGCAACUCCAAGGGCCAUACUCCUCUCCAUAUGGCAUGUCUUGCUGAUAAGCCAGAAUGUGUUAAGGCACUUCUUUUAGCUGGAGCAGAUUGCAACAUUUCUGCAGACACUGGCAACUUUUUGGAUUCUGGAAAAACUUCAAGACAACCAGGCCUUGUUGGUAACUUUGUUGAAGUGAAUUCACAUCAACUUUAUGCUCAAGAUAUGAAAUAUGGUGGCACUCCGUUACAUUGGUCAUGUUCCAGAGAAGUUAUAGAUACAUUGUUGGAUAUGAACUGUCACAUCAAUGCCCUCAAUUUUGAUGGGCGGUCAGCUUUGCACAUCAUGGUGCUACGAUCACGUUUGGAAUGUGUUAUGGCACUUUUAUGCAGAGGUGCUGAAAUCAAUAUUGGAGAUUCUGAUGGUAAUACUCCUUUACACUUGGCAAUCUUAGCACUCAAUGUACCAAUUGUUCAAGCAUUGACAGUGUUUGAAGCUGAUCUGCAGUACAGGAACCAUGCUGGUGCAACGGCCCGUCAUCUUGUACCAGCUGACCCAACAUCAGUAGAGGGAAGAAUAUUGCUUCAUGUGCUCCAUUCUGUUGGUGCAGAGAGAUGCAGUAUAGAUAUGGCAGGCUGCUCUGAAGGUUGUGCUUACAAUGGCAGCUAUAAUGGUGAUGCACCACCCCCUCCUCCUCUUGGUUGCACUAGAGAUACUCUGAAUCAAAUGCUCUUUACUUAUGCUAUGGAUCUAGCAUCCAGCCGCAAUUCCCAAAAGAAGCGUUGCAAUGUAUUGUGCCUUGACGGCGGAGGUGUUCGUGGACUGGUACUUAUCAUCCUGUUAAUGGAGUUAGAAAAGGCAGUUGGAGAACCAAUCCUCCACUGCUUUGAUUGGGUAGCUGGCACCUCAACUGGGGGUAUUCUUGCUUUAGGUUUAGCUGUUGGAAAAUCGUUACACGAAUGCCUCUGUUUGUAUUUUCGAAUGAAGGACAUAACAUUUGUUGGUAAGCGGCCUUAUGCUAGUGAACCAUUGGAAAAGCUUUUGAAAGAAAUAUAUGGUCCUGAUACUGUCAUGACUGAAGUGAGCCAUCCUAAAUUGGUAAUUACUGGUUUGUUGGCGGAUAGAAAGCCUGUGGACCUUCACAUUUUUCGUAAUUAUAUGUCACCCAAUGAAAUUCUGAAUAAAGAUGAGUAUGCCAACUGUAAGUUUGUGAGGCCCACUCAUUUCACAGAACAGUUGAUGUGGAGGGCAGCACGUGCAUCCGGAGCUGCUCCAACGUUUUUCAGUGCAUUUGGCCGGUUCCUAGAUGGAGGGCUUAUUUCAAACAACCCUACUCUUGACUGCUUAACAGAAAUUCAUGAAUACAAUUUAGCCAUGAAAACGAUGGAUCCAGAAUAUGAGGUUGCUCCAGCAACAUUAGUUGUUUCUCUUGGAACAGGAGAUAUUCCAGUUACUGAUCUCAAGGAAAUUGAUGUCCAGCGUCCUGAUAGUUUUCUUGGUGCUACUAAACUAGUUUUUGGUAUAGCUCAACUAGGCACACUUAUUAUUGAUCAGGCCACUCAAAGUUCAGGAAGAGUAGUAGACAGAGCUCGGUCAUGGUGCUCUAUGAUUGGUGUUCCAUUUUACCGAUUUUCCCCUCAACUCAGUGAAGAAAUUGACAUCAAUGAAAAGAGUGAUGAGAAACUAGUUCGUAUGGUGUGGGAGUGCAAAGCAUACAUGGUCAGCCAGCGUAGUUCUGUGAAUGAACUAGCAGCAAUGCUAAAAAGUGGAUAAGGUGGUGAGUGUAUUAAUCCUCAAAUCUUGAUAUUAUUCUGUAAUCAUAUCCGUAUCAUUCAUUUUAGCUUAUCAAGUUUUAAAAAAUGUUAAUGAAUUUCGAUCUGAAAUUUAUGGCAAGGCCAUUUUUAGUCUUCUGUAAUUUAGUGAAUAUAAUCCUCCAAUAUUGCUUGGAUUCCUCAUAUUUAAAGGGAACUUGCCAUUUUUAUCUCAUAUACAAAUAUUUGCCACCAACCUGUAGGUCGGCACCGAUAGACCUAAAAUUAAUGUGAUUAUUCUUCUUGUCAUCUUCUAGUCUAAUAAAGUAUGUGGAAGUCGA